UGAUGUCUUUUGCCAAUGGCAUUUGAUAAAUUUGCUCAAGGUAUAUUUUGUUCACUAGUCACCCCCUCAAAUUUCUAUGGGAGGCUACUCAGGGUGUUUUGUUUUGCUCGCUCAACAGUGACAACUGACAACAAGCUCUGGUUUGACUUAUUGUAUAUUCUGACUUCUAUACAGAGAAUGGCACUGUCUCAAAGUGAGAGUCUGAAGUUUGCUGAAGAGUUGGCAUGGUGCAUAGACCAGCUGGAGUUAGGUCUGCAAAGACAAAAUCCUGACUCAAGGCAAGCUGCUGAGACUGUCAAAAUUUUGAAAAUUCUUAGAAGCACCAAGGCACCAAUGGUGAAGAAAAGACAAGCCAUGAGGAAUGCACUGGGUGACUAUCGUAAGAAGAUGAGGGAAGCCGAGAAGAAGUCUUUGUCCGGCAUGCGCCAUUCACAGUUCGUGUCGUCUGCCGGCAAGGGAGCUCAUACAGGCUCCCGGUUCCUUCGGCACAGCCACAAGCAGCAAAGCUCACAUGACCUCAAUGCUAAUCUGAACAGUUUACACAUUGAGGAUUCUGAGCAUUGUCCUCCAGAUUCGACAUCUUUAGCUGUCAAUUCCAACAGGUCCUUUCAUGAAAAUGAACAGAUAAAAGAGAAUCUGCCUUCUACCUCAGGAGAACCAGAUCCUCAAGAAAAUGAUUUAGCAGCUGCUGUAAUAGGACAGACAUUUCAUUUUGUGCGUUCUGACAAUUCUUUCUGCUUUGGAUUUGAAGAUCCCAAUGUAAGUGAUGGGAAAAGUGCAGAGAAAAUUGAGGAUCUAGGUUCGGAAAAUAUUGUGGAUGAAGAAAAGACCAUCAGUGCCAUGUCUUCGAAAAAUUUUUACAAACUUGAGAAAUCGGAGAAUGAUUUUUGUUUUAACUUUGGUGGUUCAUAAUGUUGAUUAAAAUUUAUAGUUCAACUUGA